AUGGCUGCAAAAAGGUUUUUCAAUGAUUCUGAUCAAGACCCUGAUAAGCUAAGUGACAAACGGAUGAAGACUAAUAGACCUUCUUUUGCUUCAGUGAUAGGUGAAGUGGUUAUGGUGAAAAACGUGCAGAACCUUUUAUCAGCCAUGGAACCGUUGCUUAAAAGAGUUGUGAGUGAAGAGGUUGAGAGAGUUAUGAGACAAUACUGUCCACUCUCCUCCUAUAAUAGAUCUCCUUCAUUGAGAAUCGAAGCAAUGGAGCAACCAUCAAGCUUGCAACUCUCCUUCAACAAAAGGCUUUCCCUCCCUAUUUUCACGGCUAGUAGGAUUCUUGACACUGAUGGGAACCCAAUCAACGUACUUCUUGUGGACAAAAGCAAUGGCCAAGUGGUCUCCACUAGUGUCCCACAUGCCCUCAAGCUAGAGAUUGUGGUUUUGGAUGGUGAUUUUCCACUUGGUGGUGAUGAUAAUGAGCAUUGGACGAGUGAGGAAUUCAAUAGCCACAUAGUGAAGGCGAGAACUGGGAAGAGACCAUUGCUUGCUGGAGAAUUGAGUGUGACCAUGAGAGAUGGAAUGGCACCAAUUGGGGACAUUGAGUUCACUGAUAACUCAAGCUGGAUUCGGGGUAGGAAGUUUAGGGUUGCAGUUAGGGUGGCACCUGGGAGUAAUCAUGGUGUUCGGAUUCGUGAAGCCAUGACUGAGGCAUUUGUUGUUAAGGAUCAUCGUGGAGAAUUGUACAAAAAGCACCACCCUCCAAUGCUUCAUGAUGAUAUAUGGCGCCUAGAGAAGAUUGGGAAAGAUGGAGCUUUCCAUAGAAAGUUGUCCUCCGCGGGGAUCAAAACAGUGCAAGAAUUUCUCAAAUUAGCAGUUGUUGAUACUCCUAAGCUAAGAAGGAUUUUAGGCCUUGGAAUGUCAGACAAAAUGUGGGAAGGCACAAUCAAGCAUGCAAUGACUUGUGACAUGGGGAGCAAGAUCUACAUAUACCGUGGAUCACAAUUUACUCUUUUUCUGGAUCCAAUAUGCAAAUUAAUUAGAGCUGAUAUCAAUGGACAGACAUUUUCCAACAGAGAUCUUAGCCAUAUGAUGAAUAGGACCUAUAUAGACAAAUUGGUGAGAGAAGCAUAUGCUAGAUGGCAUAUGUUGGACGAAAUUGAUGCAGUGCUGAAUGACAACAUUGCUUUGUUAACCCAAGGUGAUCAAACUGUGGAGCAAUUUCCAAACUCUCAACCAGCAUCAGUAGUCUCAUAUGAUCAAAACCAAUAUUAUGGUGACAAAUCUGCCAGCUAUGUAGCAAACAACAGUGCACAAAUGGGAUGCUGUGAGUGGUCACUGAAUCAAGCCUAUAGCACAGCACCAUUUGCCAAUGGCUUUCCUUUUCGUUUCUCAGGUUCACAAUCAGAUGGUGACAUAACAGCUUCAGGUUCUGGCUCUGUAAACAUUGAUGGGGCCACAGGACAGAAUUAG